AUUACUUUCUGUCUUCACACUCCAAUCAGGACACGAUUUUGUUCUCCAAGUCAUUGUUUUACAUUCAGAAAAUUGUAUGGGCGUUUUCCUUGUGAUCAAUAUUUUUAUCAUCCACGGAAACUGGCCUGUUUUGUUCAAUAAUGCAUAACCAUGCUAGGCCUAUAAAUAGGAUAACCCAGCAAGAGCAUGUCAUUCAAGAUAAGCUUUGAUUUCAUUUGCAGUUUGUAAUUGCAAUUGAGACUGAUUGAUUAUUCAGUCAGCUGAUUUGCUUUGAUAUUUUUAAGUAUCGAUUUGUGCAAAUGGAAGCUGGCAUUGCUAUGCCUAAGAAUUCAUGUGAGGAGGCCAUUGAAGGACUGAAGAGACUUCUCAGUGAGAAGGAAAGCUUGGAAGAUGUAGCUACAGAAAAAAUCAAGAAGCUGAUAAUCGAGCUGCAAAGGACCGAUCCUUCAUGUGAUCCUGUCGUCCAGAGGAUAAUAAAGGGCUUUCUUCACUUCAAGACCCACAAAUUUGACAAGUACCCAGAAUACUACCAUGAACUUGCACAAGGACAGCAUCCCAAGUUCCUGGUGUUCGCAUGUUCUGAUUCUCGAGUGAGCCCAUCUAACAUCCUGGACUUCCAGCCGGGGGAGGCCUUCAUGGCCCGAAACAUCGCUAACUUGGUCCCUGCAUUUAACCAGCUAAGGUACUCUGGAGUUGGUGCAAUCAUUGAGUAUGCUGUUGCUGAACUUAAGGUGGAGAACAUCCUGGUCAUCGGCCACAGUCGAUGCGGUGGGAUAAAGCAGCUCAUGUCUCUUCCAGAUGUUGGGCCACAUCAGAAUGACUUCAUAGAUGACUGGGUCAAAAUCGGUUUACCUGCCAAAGCCAAAGUGAUGGAAGAAUAUGGAAAUUUACCUUUCGAGGAGCAAUGCAAGCAUUGUGAAAAGGAGGCUGUGGAUAUGUCGCUCACGAACUUAUUAAGUUAUCCAUACGUGCGAGACGGGGUGGCAAAUGGAACUCUAGCACUGAGGGGAGGCUACUAUGAUUUUGUCGAGGGAAAGUUUUUGCUUUGGGAGGCUGACUUUGGCCUUGCAGUGCCUAUAAGCAUCAAAUAAUCACUUUCAAGCACCAUCAGUCUUUACAUCUCAGUUUCCUUUUUGCUCCAAUAAAGCAUGUGCUAUUUUUUUCCUUCAUGAACCAAUAAUUCGCAAUGAUUACAAUGAGCAGUUAUGUGUACUCUUCCAUUUGAGCUUUUGUUUUCAUACCACUUUCUCUUGUGCUUCACUUUUCUGUGGGAAAAUUAGAAAGAAAAGUCUUCC